UAAUAAGGCUCCUCAUAUAAAAACAUUAAACAUAUACCAUUUUAUCCACUUCUUGGGUCAGCUGCUUGUAGUAUAGUUUACACUUGCCAUUUUCUGUGAAAAUGCAGAGUCGUACUUUUCUACUAUUCGUAGUUGGGAUUAUAAUUUGUGUCGUUCAAUUUUCUGUAGAAGUUAGGACCCAGGGGUCAAGAUCAAGAUAUCUCAGGCGGCUAACACCAAAAGGACGAGGACCUGGACUGACAUUAAACAAUAUUCAAAAUGUAAGAUUAGUUGUACCACCACCAAGAAGACAAAUCGCAGCUUUUAGAGGUUCUGGAACUGCAAAUCGUAAUGGUGGUAGUCGACCAAGUGGACCAGGUAGACGACUCAUAAGAAUAAUACCAAUUAGAAAAUCUGCAAACACAGCUCAAAGUUUGAGGAAGAGCAACAGGCAGAGUAUCAGGAAGAAUGUAAAUAAUAUAUCUAACAGACAUCUCAACCAGACCAUUAUUAUUGCUAAAACAGCAAAUAUUUUCUCACCCAUGGGAACACAAAAUAAUGGACCGAGUGCAAUAAACAAUAAAGGUAGUGGAAAUGUACAAACUGCCAGUGUUCCAGUUGGAGCUGGUGGUAGACCAGGUGGUCGAAGAGGUGGACCUGGACCUGGUGCUGGUCCAGGUGGACAUGGAGGUCCUGGAAUGGGUGGUGGACACGCUGGAGGUCCCGGAAUGGGCGGUGGUCAUGCUGGAGGUCCUGGAAUGGGCGGUGGACAUGCUGGAGGUCCCGGAAUGGGCGGUGGACAUGCUGGAGGUCCUGGAAUGGGCGGUGGACAUGCUGGAGGUCCCGGAAUGGGCGGUGGACAUGCUGGAGGUCCCGGAAUGGGCGGUGGACAUGCUGGAGGUCCCGGAAUGGGCGGUGGACAUGCUGGAGGUCUCGGAAUGGGCGGUGGACAUGCUGGAGGUCCCGGAAUGGGCGGUGGACAUGCUGGAGGUCUCGGAAUGGGCGGUGGACAUGCUGGAAAUGGAGGUGGUCACGGGAUGGGUGGUGCCAUUGGAGGUGGUCAUGGAAUGGGCGGUGGACAUGCCGGAAUUGGAGGUGGUCAUGGAAUGAGCAGUGCCAACGGAGGUGGUCAUGGGAUGGGCGGUGGACAUGCCGGAAUUGGAGGUGGUCAUGGAAUGGGUGGUGCCAUCGGAGGUGGUCAUGGAAUGGGCGGUAGCACUGGAGGCGGUCAUGGAAUGGGCGGUGGCAAUGGAGGCGGUCAUGGAAUGGGCGGUGGCAAUGGAGCCGGUCAUGGAAUGGGCGGUGGCACUGGAGGCAGUCAUGGAAUGGGCGGUGGUCACGGCAUGGGUGGUGGCAAUGGAGGCGGUCUUGGCAUGGGAGGUGGCAAUGGAGGCGGUCAUGGAAUUGGCGGUGGCAAUGGAGGUGGUCAUGGAAUGGGCGGUGGAAUAGGAGGCGGCCAUGGAGGUGGUCAUGGAAUGAACGGUCAUGGAGGUGGUCAUGGAAUGGGCGGUGGAAACGGAGGUGGUCACGGAAUGGGUGGUGGCAAUGGAGGCGGUCAUGGAGGCGGUCAUGGAAUGGGUGGUGGUAAUGGAGGUGGUCAUGGAAUGGGUGGGGGUAAUGGAGGCGGUCAUGGAAUGGGCGGUGGCAAUGGAGGCGGUCAUGGAGGUGGUCAUGGAAUGGGUGGUGGCAAUGGAGGCGGUCAUGGAGGUGGUCAUGGAAUGGGCGGUGGUAAUGGAGGAGGUCAUGGAAUGGGCGGUGGCAAUGGAGGUGGGCAUGGAAUGGGAGGUGGUAAUGGAGGCGGUCAUGGAGGUGGUCAUGGAAUGGGUGGUGGCAAUGGUGGUGGUCAUGGAAUGGGCGGUGGAAAUGGAGGUGGUCAUGGAAUGGGCGGUGGCAAUGGAGGCGGUAAUGGAAUGGGAGGUGGACAUGGUGGUAAUGGAGGUGGUCACGGUGGUGGUAAUGGUGGCAGACAUGGUGGUGGUAACGGAGGCGGACAUGGCGGUCAUGGUGGUGGACAUAUGGGAGGAAAUAGAGGAACAGGGCAUGCAGGUUUAGGAGCAGUUGUUGGUGUUGCUGGAUCUAACGUUAAUGCAUUUGGUGGUCAAAACUUCGAAUCAUUACUUAGUACGUUUUCCAAUCAACAAUUGGCCAAACUUGCCGGUGUGAAUACUGGAAAUGGACCAUUUGGAGGGGCAUCGGGAGGUGGAAACGGACCAUUUGGAGGUGCGUCGGGAGGAGGAAAUGGAGGACUGCUUCAAAUGUUAAUGGGACAAUCAGCGGGAAUGGGUGGUGGUCCUGACAUGGUAUCUGCAGGUGGUCCUGGAGGACCAAGUAUUUUUUCUGCAGGUGGACAAAACGGUGCAAGCAUUGUAUCAAGUGGCGCUAGUAAAAAGCCUAUUGUCAUAUCAUCUGGCGGAACAGUUGAGAUUGGAAUUCAUAAGGGACAAUCAGGACAGCCAAAGCUUGUUAUAAAUCCAUCAAAUUCAAAUACAAAUAACAAUAAUAAUAACAAUCUAAAUAAUAACGUAAAUGGAUAUAAAGCUAAUGCACAAGGUGGUAGUAAAUUAAAUGCUCAACAAAAUCCUACACAAAAUCCGGUGGCUCAAGUAUUUGCAUUACAACAAGCCGGAUUAGAUGCCGAAGAAAUUAUGCGUAUUUUACCAGUGUUAGGAGGUGUAUGAUUCAAGUGCAUUUUGUUGAUUAAAAUCAUACUACAACUAAUUAUGCGAGCAUUAAUUUCAUCCAGAAGCUAAGUUUGCAUAAUAUUUGACAGUCCCUUUUCAUUGUGGAAACUUCGAUGCGUCUUUUAACACCUUUACAUUAGUAGCGUGUUGUUAUAGCACUGAAUCACACAUGGCUCCCUAAAAGCCAAACCCUCUCAUGUUCAGUUACCAUGGGAAUUGUUGCUUGAGCUGGCCUGGUACAACAUGGAUGAGAAGUUACGACACUAUUUGUUAUAGCCAAGAAAACCACGAGUCAAGAGUAGUGAUCAGUUAAUUUGCGUAACGCAAGCGCAAUGUGUAAACUAAACAUUGAUCAGAUAACUUGUAUCGGUCUGGCUUAUUCCCACUAGCGGCGUAAGAAAUAGAAAGCUUUCAAUCUUUUUCAAAAUACCCAAGCUAUAUGCCCUUAUUGAUUGUACAUUUGAUUGUCUUGGCGCUUUGUUUUUCGUUUCUCAGUAUUAGUGGCGAACAAGAAAAUAUAUUGCUAUUCAGCAUGUUUUUACUGUAAUUAUUUUAUCAAUUUAGAAAGACAUAAUAAAAUCUAUUCAUUUUAUAUCUGCUGGGCAUGUAUAAAGGCUUUUUGGAAUUUCAUCUUAAUCUUCUCAAAUAUUUUCGGAAGGAAAGUUUCUCUCAUUUUUCAUUUAUUAGCUAUAUAUUCCUAUUUUUUUAAUUCUUGGUAGAAUUUUUCAUGUUUUAACAGCCUUCCUCACUUUCGAUUGGUAAAAUUUUCGUAUAUGCGAUCAUUAUUUAUAAUUACUGAGAUCAAACUUUGUAUUCCAAUUUGUGACAGCUCGGUUGCAUAUGGACAAAAUGGCGCCCACGUUUAUUUUCUUCGGAACAAGGUAUAUUUUUCAUACUUGAUUUUCUUCUAACACAGAAUUUAGUUUCCUAACUUAAAUCUAAAUUCGUUUCAACUAUUGAAGUUUCUUUUCAAAUAUGUGAACUGGAGUAUAUUACUUUCCUUUUUGAAUAUUUGUAUUAGCUUUUAUAUUUUAGUUAAGAAAAUUCUCUAUAAAUUACCACGUCACAUUAGGGCGACAAUACAAAAUACCAACGAUGUACAAACGCGCAUGCUCCAAAUUAUUUUGAGAAGAUUAUUUACGUUGAUACUGCUUUCGCUUUCUGACUUUCAGUGCUUUUAAUGUAUUUUGUGUAUUGCUCUCACUUGUAUAUAAUUACAUAUUUUGUUGUUCUGUUAAAAUUAUUUCAUUAUGCUUUUUUGUUGUUGUCUUAAAUUAUUUUUAUGACGAGAAAAAUAAAAAUCUAAUAAAAUGGAAUGAAAGACAAA